AUGGAGAUCAGCUCCAGCCCAGAUGGGGCUGAUGUAGGCACUGCAUCCCCGCCUCAGGUGAUCUUGUGCACGCGUGGCCACGCUGGGAUUGAUUCCUCCUCAUCUUCCUCCGCAGCGGGUUUGGGCUCGGUUGACUGGCAGCUGCAGCAUUUCAUGGAGGUACAGUCUCAGAAGCAGCGCUUCCAGCAGCUGGUGCACCAGAUGACAAAACUUCGUUGGGAAAAGUGCAUGGACAAGCCUGGGCCAAAGUUGGACAGUCCAGCUGAGGCCUGUUUUGUGAACUGCAUUGGGCACUUCAUUGAUACAAGCCAAUUCAACUUGAAUCAACUGGAAGAGACCCAGAAAUCCAAGCCAGUCUUCUCAGAAAGCCAUUCUGACUGA